AUGGCAAAACAGGGAAAGCGUUUGAAUGAGACAGCAAAUCAGAUUUUUGUCUCUGCUGCGGGUUCGGCCGAUAUUCAGGACGCCGUAGAUCACCCAUAUCGAACGGAACAGGUUUACGUCAUUCGACUUUCUGUUUACCAGGUGCUUCAGUUUGCGGCGUUCCGUCUGUUUGUUCGUUGUCAGCUGCUGCUGCCAUUAUUUGAACAGCAUCAGCGGAGCUUCAAGCCGUUCUGA